GAAACCUUGCACGUGACUGUGUGGGAAAAUUCAUGACCAAACCUUAACAAAUGCGUUUCGUUUCAGUUUAUUGUUAGUAGGUCACAGUAUACAUGUCUGUAAAUUUGUUAUCGAUGGAAUAAAUGUUUUCUAAAAUGUUAAAAUCACAUCGCCGAGCACGUUGUCACUUUUAGGUAUAUGACGGCACUUCAUCGGUCAAGAUUAUACGUUUUUGGUUGAAUAAAUACUAAGUAAUUGAGGACUUUGAGACGACGCGUGAGGUCGUACUUCGUAGUAGCCUUGACUUGCAAACAAACUAAAAUGUACCCAUAUUAUGAGGGAAAACGAUCGUUCCUUUUGUGAGUGAAGAAAUUUUUGAAAUGCAUUAUUGCCUGAUUCCUGUGGUAUUUUCAAAAUUCUAGAAAUAAAUGUUUCAAUCUUAUUUGUAUAAUUUGAAGUCUGGUGAAGUCGGGUAGAUAUUUUAACGGAUAUGAUUGAUAUUAUUUAGUAUGAAGCAGCCUUUGUUUAACAACAAUAUCAAAGGAUAAAAUAAAUGAUACUAGUAUAUGUUUCUUGUCGUUUGGAAUGACAUAAUGUCAUAUUGCUGUCUUCCUAUGGGAAAAGCCCGCCUACUUUAGUUUUGACGACGAUUUAGCAACACAUGUGGACAAGAACUUCUACCUAGAAGUAAAUGCUGUUUAUUGAAGUACACUGAUUUUGCUUGUCUUAUUUUUGAAUGUAUUAAAAUCUAUUUUUUUCUUGUAACAAGGAAAAAUCUAGAUCUUGUAACAAAUCUGACAUAUAAGCAUCAAGGCAUUUAGAAAAUACAAUCUUGUUGGCUUACUUUCAUGAUUUCAUGAUUUUAGCUCACGAUGAGUCAAUGAUGUGAUAGAAAUUACUUGUUAAUGGUUAUGUUUUGCUAAAAUCAACGCUAAACAUAUUACUUUGCGAAUUAGUUCACGCCUCAAAUGAUAAUUAAAAGAUUGUAUAUUUAAAAUAUUCUCAUGUCAUCAUUCUCAAUGCUCCGCCUACCGUAAACGGGUACGGGGCUUACCGAACAGCUGGCGGUGGAAACCGGAAAGCUCAGCAACUUUAAAUUACAAUAAAGCAAAUUUUACUUCAUAAAUUUUAGGAAUCACCCUUCUUAAAAAUUGCAAACUUAUGGACAUUUUUCUAUCAUGAUGACACAUUGAUUUUAUACGAAGUUUGCCUGUGUUGUGCAAAACAAGCAGUUCUGAAACCUUGCAAGUGACUGCGUGGGAAAAUUCAUGACCAAACCUUAACAAAUGCGUUUCGUUUCUGUUUAUUGUUAGUAGGUCACAGUAUACAUGUCUGUAAAUUUGUUAUCGAUGGAAUAAAAUGUUUUCUAAAAUGUCAAAAUCACAUCGCCGAGCACGUUGUCUCUUUUAGGUACAUGACGGCACUUCAUCGGUCAAGAUUAUACGUUUUUGGUUGAAUAAAUACUAAGUAAUUGAGGACUUUGAGACGACGCGUGAGGUCGUACUUCGUAGUAGCCUUGACUUGCAAACAAACUAAAAUGUACCCAUAUUAUGAGGGAAAACGAUCGUUCCUUUUUGUGAGUGAAGAAAUUUUUGAAAUGCAUUAUUGCCUGAUUCCUGUGCAUUAAUACAGAGAGAAAUGAACGAAAACAUCGUUGAUUUUCUCGGCGGAUGUCUUGGAGGUAUUGCCGGUACGGUUGCAGGACAUCCUUUUGAUACUGUGAAAGUCCGACUUCAAAUGCAGCGAUAUGGCGGUCAAGUUUAUCGUGGUGUUUUUCAGUCCAUUUUUGAAAUUGCCAAAUCAGAAUCAGUCGCAGGUUUGUUCAAAGGAAUGGCAUCUCCCCUUGCAGGGCAAGCUUUAAUAAAUGGUUGUGUAUUUGGUGCCUAUAGUGAGUCUUAUCGACGUCUUCAAAAUUUUUCAUAUCCAGUGUUUUGGGCAGGGUGUGUGGCAGGGAUAGUGCAGGGUAUCAUUACUGCACCACUGGAGUUAGCAAAGAUCCGUGUGCAAUUACAAGGCAAAGGUGUCAAUCCAAGUAAAAUGACUCUUGCUGAAAGACAGAAUAUGAAAUAUUCAGGGUCAAUUGAUUGUUUAUGGAAAAUACUUAGAACAGAAGGUAUUCAUUCUUUCUUUAAAGGAACGUGUGUUACUUUGGUCCGUGAAAUCCCUGCAACUGGUGUUUAUUUUUUUACAUAUGAUGAAUUGUGUAAAGUAGGACCUCGGACAGAGACUAGGAAUGAAACAAAGCCUGUUACUAUUAUAUUUGCUGGGGGUAUAGCUGGUAUUCUUUCAUGGGUUGUAACUUAUCCUUGUGAUGUGAUCAAAUCAAGAUUUCAGGGUGACAUGAAAGGUCUUUACACUAGUAGCAUAGAUUGUGCUAUAAAGAGCUACCAUGCUGAAGGCUGGCAUAUGUUUUUUCAAGGCAUCAACACAACCAUAAUACGAGCCUUUCCAUCAAAUGCAGCCACCUUUGGUGCAGUUGUGCUGUUUGCAAGAUUUGUGUAUGGAGAGGAUAAUGAUAUGUGGAAUAAGUCAACAGAGAAAUUUUGCUACGUUAAGUUUGAAAAAGAAGUGGUUAUAUUUGGCAUUGAGAAAUGUCAUGUGGAAAGACAAUUUAUCGAAAGAACAACCGAAAUUAUGGCAAUGUCACUUGAUUUUUUGGCCGGAUCAAUCGGAGGUGUUUCUGGUGUCGUAGUUGGUCAUCCCUUCGACACUGUGAAGGUCAGAUUACAAACUCAUCCUGGUAGCAGUUACUCUGGAAUGAUGAAUUAUUUUUUCAAAAUAAUAAGAGAAGAGUCGAUAUUUGGUUUAUACAAAGGACUACCUCCUCCUUUAGCUGGUUCAGCAGCAGUAAAUGCCAUAACAUUUGGUGUUCAGGGAAUAGUAUAUCGAAAAUUAGAACCUGGUCGGUUUAGCAUGUUUUUGUCAGGCAUCAUUGCAGGUACUGUACAAUCUAUGGUUGUAUGUCCAAUUGACCUUGUCAAAACUCGGAUGCAACUUCAAGGACAAGGGAAAAAAUAUGGACACUUGCUGCAUUCUGGUGGAGACAAAACUCUAUACUACAAUAAUUCUUGGGAUUGUUUGAGAAAGAUUUACAAGAUAGAAGGUUUUAGAAAUAUUUAUCGCGGCUUGUUUGCAACUGUUGCAAGAGAAGCACCCUCAUUUGGAGUGUACUUUUUUUCUUAUGAAGAACUGCGUUUUCAAAUGGCAAACUCACAGGAAGAUAUACAUAAUCUUGGAGCGUUUUAUUUAUUCAUUGCUGGUGGAAUUGCCGGUUCGCUGUCUUGGGUAUUCAGCUAUCCACUUGAUGUAGUUAAGACACGCAUUCAAGCAGACAACACAGGCAAAUACAAAGGAAUGAUUGACUGUUUUAGGCAGACUUACUCUUCUAAUGGGCUUAAAGUGUUCUUUCGAGGACUUGACACAGCAAUUGUGCGUGGUUUUUAUGUAAAUGCAGCUACAUUGGCUACUUUCACAAUAACUAAGAGGAAUCUUCAAUGUUAAAGAUUAUUGUAAUGAUAUAGCAUUCAUUGAUAAUGUCAUUGAACGGUCAUAAAUAAGUUAAGAUUAGUUAAAAUGGGGAGGGGAAAAAGUAAAUAUUUGUGAAAAGUCAGAUCAAAUUAUAACAUAAUUAUAACAUAACGGUAUUUUACCGGAUGGGAA